AUGUUGGUAAGUUAUUCCCUUCAUCGUACCCUUAAACAUUUCGAAGUUUUUCACAAGGACGAGGUCCAGCAUCGUAUUGUGAAAAGAGGUGUCAAACAUAGUUCGAAUCCAUUUAAUGUCAUCAAGGAGGUGGAAUUCAAGACAUUGGGUAAAAAUUUCCGCCUAAUACUGCAUCCACAUCGAGAGGUGUUGCAUAGUAAAUUUAAGGCCUAUACUGUGGAUGGUGAUGGCAAUGAAACGGUGGUACAUUUGGAUCAUGAUAAUUUCUAUUCCGGAAGAGUAUUUGGUGAGGUUGAUUCAUCCGUUAGGGCUCACAUAGAAGAUGGCUUAAUGACUAUGUCCAUUAAUUUACCCGAUGAAGCAUAUCAUGUUGAGCCUUCUUGGCGUCACCUACCCACUGCCAAAGAUAAUACCAUGGUUGCAUAUCGUACCUCGGAUAUAAAAAUGAAUUUUCAACAUCCACAAAAAGGAGAUAUGGGUGGUGCUCCACUAACCUGCGGUUAUGUCAAGGAAGGUUUGGAUCCCGACAAUCAGCAUGCUACGGACCAUCAUGAUCACCAACCCCAAUCACAGCUCGUAUCAUCGGUACACAAUGAACCACACAAGAGAUCAAAACGCCAAGCUGAUCAAUAUGAAUAUACACCCACCAAGACCCGAUGUCCGUUACUGCUGGUGGCCGAUUAUAGAUUUUUCCAAGAAAUGGGUGGUGGUAAUACAAAAACUACAAUUAAUUAUUUGAUAAGUCUCAUCGAUCGUGUUCAUAAAAUCUACAAUGAUACCGUUUGGCAAGAUCGUUCUGAUCAGGAAGGUUUCAAGGGUAUGGGUUUUGUUAUUAAGAAAAUUGUUGUUCACUCGGAACCGACACGUUUAAGGGGUGGUGAGGCCCAUUAUAAUAUGAUACGAGAAAAAUGGGAUGUUCGUAAUCUAUUGGAGGUCUUUUCUCGAGAGUAUAGCCACAAGGAUUUUUGUCUAGCACAUCUAUUUACGGAUUUGAAAUUUGAAGGCGGCAUUUUGGGUUUGGCAUAUGUUGGCUCGCCCAGACGUAAUUCGGUGGGAGGCAUUUGUACACCAGAGUACUUCAAAAAUGGCUAUACCUUAUAUUUAAAUUCCGGCCUGAGCAGUUCCCGCAACCACUAUGGUCAGCGUGUUAUUACCCGUGAAGCUGAUUUGGUAACAGCCCAUGAAUUUGGACACAAUUGGGGCUCUGAACAUGAUCCCGAUAUACCAGAAUGUUCGCCAAGUGCCUCACAGGGUGGUAGUUUUCUAAUGUACACAUAUUCCGUUAGUGGUUAUGAUGUCAAUAAUAAGAAAUUCUCACCAUGUUCGUUACGUUCGAUACGCAAAGUCCUCCAAGCCAAAUCGGGACGCUGUUUCUCCGAACCCGAGGAAUCAUUCUGUGGCAAUUUACGCGUGGAAGGCGAUGAACAGUGUGAUGCUGGCCUCUUGGGUACAGAAGAUAAUGAUGCUUGCUGUGAUAAAAAUUGUAAAUUGCGUCGCAAUCAGGGUGCCGUUUGCAGUGAUAAAAAUUCACCAUGCUGUCAGAAUUGUCAAUUUAUGCCGGCUGGGGUGAAAUGUCGCGAUCAAGUCUAUGCUACAUGUGAGCGGGAGGCCCGUUGUACGGGUACACAUGCUGAGUGUCCGAAAUCGCCGGCCAUGGAUGACGGGACAAUGUGUCAGGAACGUGGCCAGUGUCGUAGUGGUAAAUGCAUUCCAUAUUGUGAAACCCAGGGGCUGCAGAGUUGUAUGUGCGAUAUAAUACAAGAUGCCUGCAAAAGAUGCUGUCGUAUGAGUAUUAACGAGACAUGUUUUCCCGUUGAACCACCAGACGUUUUACCAGAUGGUACUCCAUGCAUUCAAGGUUUUUGUAAUAAGGGUGUUUGCGAAAAAACCAUACAAGAUGUUGUUGAACGUUUCUGGGAUAUUAUAGAAGAAAUCAAUAUCAAUCGGGUGUUGAGAUUUUUAAAAGAUAACAUUGUGUUGGCCGUGGUUGUCUUCACCUCCAUUUUUUGGAUACCAGCCAGCUGUGUUAUCUCAUACUUUGAUCGUAAAAAGUUACGACAUGAGCUGAAACAAAUUGAAUGGAGUCAAAAAAAUGAUCUUAUACAUCCGGGCGAUAGACGCCGUGUCAUACAUAUAAGGGUGCCGCGUCAGAAGAUGUCAAUGGCACGCAUGUAAAUGUUGUAGCAGAAAUUAGAA